AUGGCGACCACGAUCGAAGAACAGCCUAUGCAGGCAAUCGAGGACGAGUACAUGAACGCAGCAUCGGAAGAUGCAACUCCUGAGACCAAAUCUGGGGUACUCUUGAACCCGAACGCUGCUGAAUCAAACGCGCGCUUCAGCAAGGGCCAAAUGGUGCAGAAGCCCGUAUUUGCAAAUGGUGAACGAACGAGGGGUGUUUUCACCGUUUAUGCUAGCAGGUACAACACUGCCAAGGGAUAUUUUGAGUAUCAGCUCCGAGACUUCUAUACCACACAGAUGGAAAGUGGCUGGACACGCGAGAAGGAAUUGAAAGCUGCCAGCUGA